AUGGAUAGUGGUGCAAAUGGCCGUCUUCAGAAGACACGCUACUCGGACAUCACCGCGUCGUUCAAGAACUUCAUCGAUGCCUCAGAGUUUCCGCUCAUGGAGACGUGGGAAAACGUAGAUUUACCGACGCACAAUUCGUCGGGUCUGUGGUCCUUCCACUCCCACAUGCACCACAGGCAGAGUAAAAGAAAAACGCCGUUCUUGGGGAAGCUCUUGAUUGGUGGGGCCAAAGAACAAAUUGUCGUCAUUUUCAGGAAUCCAACAUCGAACGCACCAGGCAUUACGCAGCGUCAAGCGAGUCUCAGCGGCAUGACGGCUUCGAGCAGUAGCAGUGGGCUCGGAAGCGAGUUCUCCAGUGCUGGCACCUCCACCCGUUUCCCCAGCUUCUCUCUGGCGAGCAUGGAGUCCCUCGAGGAGAACAGUCCGUCUGAGAGUCAGUGUUUGAGUCCCGACACGAACUUCUGGCCCACCGCCCCUGCCACCGGCUCCUCCAACCCCAUGGACACAACGAAACGCAGUCAGCGAGCGGAAGGUGCAAGAAAGGCCAAACGUGUGGCCGACGCUCGUCUUCGCUCGGGAUCGCUAGCCACCGGAUCGGUCUCCACUGUGCAUCCAACGGACCAACAGGUCCAACGCAGCAUGUCCAUAAAUGUGGCCAUCCUGUGCAGCGGAAAUCGCCAGCUUAACCCAAAAGGCAACAUUUUCAGACAGCGCAAGGACUUUUCGGCCUUCCAGAAUCUUCACCCGUCAAAGAAGAAUGGCUACUUCAUCCAACUGGAGGAUGACAGCUGCACAGGGAACGAGGAUACGCGUGCCUUCCUCCUCUGCCAACUGACCAACCACGGAGCCUCAGAGAUGAAGUGCAUUGCUUGUGGUGGGAAAAUGGCGGUUUACGACCACUUUCCCGUAGUCGAUGGGGCUCUCUUUCUUUCCCCUUUGUGCCAUCGCGGCGGGCUACAGGUGUGCUGGAAUGUGCCGAUGUCGGCGGUCGGUUCAAACGGACUUCAGGCCAUUGGUGGUGGCGGUGGCGGUGGCACCAGUCCCCCGAUGGCGGGACAGCUCGUUCAGGGGGACAUCGCGCCACCACCUGGAUGUACCGGACCCCGGCAGCAACAGGCCCUCUCUGGUGGCCACUCGAGGCAGCAGCAAAGACGUCCGUCUGUCAGUCAGGAGCGAUUCCUCCACGCCAUCUGCAUGACCUGCAUGCGCAGCACCGGCGACCCCAGUGAUCGGCUUCCUCAGAUUGUCUGCAAAUUCUGCGACAAGCCCUGGAAUGUUGUGGAGUGGAAUUCCACCUUCUCCAUCUCACCUAAGUUGACUGCAUUCCGAUUUGCCCUCACAUUAGGCUCCACUCUUUUAAUCGGAGGCAUGUACACCUACGACCCGUUUGCGUGCAUGCCAUGUUGCAUCGAGCACCUGCGCUGCAAAUCCUGCGGCCUCCAGGCCCUCUCGCACGCCUCGCUCAAGAACGAACCCGGCCUGCUUGUCGCGGGCGGCGACGACCUUCGCCAUCAGCCCCGACGGCGGCUCUCCGAGGGCGCGCAGGAGGAGCCCACAAGUCCCACCAACCCCCUCCACCCACUCCCCUACUUCAGCCAGUACAGUCGACUGAUGUGCUGUCAGCACUGUCGAGUGGUUGACUACCACUUUAUCAAGCCCUUCCACGAGAUGUACCAUGUCCGUCUGCCGUCCGCAUAG